CGGGGCUGUCGUCACGCUCGGGCCCCGCCCCUCGGUCUCCGAGAGGCGGCAACCGCUUCUCCUUGUCUCUUCCCGGUUGUCGGGGACCGCCGCACCUCGGUUCUAGGUGACCAUGGGGGACCCCAGCAAGCAGGACAUCCUGGCCAUCUUCAAGCGCCUGCGUUCGGUGCCUACUAACAAGGUGUGUUUUGACUGUGGCGCCAAAAACCCCAGCUGGGCAAGCAUCACCUAUGGCGUGUUUCUUUGCAUUGACUGCUCCGGCUCACACCGGUCACUCGGCGUUCACUUGAGUUUCAUCCGAUCCACAGAGCUGGAUUCAAACUGGUCUUGGUUUCAGCUUCGCUGCAUGCAGGUCGGAGGGAACGCCAAUGCUUCUUCCUUCUUUCACCAACACGGGUGUGCCACCAAUGACACCAACGCCAAAUACAACAGUCGCGCAGCCCAGCUCUACAGGGAGAAAGUCAAGGCCCUGGCCACCCAGGCCACCCGGAAGCACGGCACCGAUCUGUGGCUUGACAGCUGUGCAGCCCCACCUGUGUCUCCUCCUCCAAAGGAGGAAGACUUUUUUGCUUCUCACUCAUCUGUGGAGGGCAGUGGUGCCAUGCGGGCAUCGGUACAGCCAGAGCCAGCCCCUCCAACACCGUGGGGCUUGGAAACCUCCCCAGAAAAGAAUGAAGGUGGGCCAGAGCAAGGGCCAAGUGUGGAAGGUCUGAACGCCCCGGGGAAGGCUACACUAGAGGUUUCAUCCAUUAUAAAAAAGAAACCAAAUCAAGCAAAAAAAGGACUCGGAGCCAAAAAAGGAGGCCUGGGGGCCCAGAAGCUGACAAAUACGUCCUUCACUGAGAUCGAAAAGCAAGCCCAGGCGGUGGACAAGAGGAAGGAGCAGGAGGACCUGGCCAGGGGAGCCCCCAAGGAAGAGUCCAUCAGCGUUUCAUCAUUGCGAUUGGCCUACAAGGAUCUUGAAAUUCACAUGAAGAAAGAGGAAAAACUGAACCUGAGCGGCCAGAAGAAGGCAGAAGCUGAGAGGCUGGGUAUGGGCUUUGGAAGCUGCAGGAGUGGCAUCUCCCACUCGGUGACUUCAGACAUGCAGACGAUCGAGCAGGAGUCACCCACACUGGCAAAGCCGAGGAGGAAGUACCAGGAGGACCCGGAUGAGUCGUACUUCACCUCCAGCUCCAGCAGGUACUUUGACGACCCCAUGGAGCUAAGAGGCGGUUCCUUUUCUAGCUGGGACGACAGUGCUGAUCCCUACUGGAGGAAAGACAGCAGCAGAGACCAGGAGCCCGCCACGAAGAGCACGGGCCCCUCAGACAGGCCCAGUGCUCGCCGGAAGCCGGACUAUGAGCCCAUUGGCAGUACGGAUGAAGCCCAGAAGAAGUUUGGCAACGUCAAGGCCAUUUCCUCCGACAUGUACUUUGGAACACAAGCCCAGGCCGAUUUUGAGACCCGGGCGCGGCUGGAGAGGCUCUCAGCCAGCUCCUCCAUAAGCUCCGCAGAUCUUUUCGACGAGCAGAGGAAGCAGACAGCAGGAAACUACAACUUUUCAAAUGUGCUGCCCAACGCCCCAGACAUGGCACAGUUCAAGCAAGGCGUUCGCUCCGUUGCCGGAAAACUCUCCGUCUUUGCCAAUGGGGUCAUGACGUCCAUCCAGGACCGCUACGGCUCUUAAUCCUGGUGAACCCCACCUCAGAUGGACCCGGGCCCACAUCUGGCGGCGCCGAGGCCCCAGCUGCUUUGUAGGCAGGUUCUACUAGUUGGGAAGGCACCUGCGCGCCUCUCGGUUUUCCUGUUUCCUUUGAGACAUCCCCAUUUCUAUGUAGCGGAGCUUCGCUCUCAUUUCUGGUUUAGGUUAGCUCCUCGUGUCAGUCAAGCAUACCCUCGCUUUAUCUCUGUGGAAUCUUUAGUUCUAAGAGCUGGGAGCCUGAGCUGCCGACUCCUCCCACCUCUCUCCGGGUUGGGAGCCCGGGGCUGCCAGCACUAGCUGGUGCUGGGUGGCUAGGGAAAUAAAACCACAGCCCACGCUUCUCACCACAAAGGAGAAAACAACAAAAAGCAAGACUAGAAGUGCCCGGCCCCCAGCUGACAGAUCGCUUCACGUGUGUCCCCACACGGGCCAGGAGACUCCAGACAACACAACACUUAACAGCCAUCUGUCACCUUGUAAAUUAUUUUGUACAUUCUCUACACUGAAAAAUGUUCCCCAGUCCUUUCAACAAGCCUGAGAUUCCACGAUGCCAGGGGAGUUCAUUACAGCCUGGUGACAAGGUGUUACACUCGGGAGGAUGGGCUGGGCCAGCUGAGUGCUCCCAGCUGGGUGGGCAGAGCACAGGCUGAGCGGGCAGGCAGCGUGGCCUCAGGAUGCUGCUCAGAUUCCGGGAAAGGGCGAUUAGAAUUGGGUGGUUUUGUUAAUAUUUUUUUAUCUUGACCUUGAUGUUCCAAAAGUUACAGAUAGAUGUAAAUCGAUAACGCUGUUUGGCUGUGUUUUAGACAGCACCAGAAUAUAUUGUUCAGCGCAGUAAGAUAUAUUUGAAAUUUGAUGAGCCAAAAAUAUGUGAUUUCAGAUGACUAUUUUGUGACUCUUUCUUAAAAGGUCCAAUUUGUAGACUUCUAAAUAUAACGAACAGCACAGCA